UAAUUUUUGGACUAGACUGUGUAACACUUAGCAGAAAGGAAUUGGAUGAAUUGAACUUUUUUCACAAAUCACAACUUAAAAUUCUGCAAAAUUUGCCAGAACGAACCGCUGAUGCAGCAAUAUAUAUUCUGUCUGGCCAAAUGCCAAUAGAAGCGUUUUUACAUAGACAAAUUUUAGUGAACUUUGGUAACAUUGUGCGAAAUAAUGAUAUAGAGAAGGAGAUUUGUAUUAGACAACUUGUGAUGAAGGAUAACACCUCUCAUAGCUGGUUUAUAUAUGUGGACGCUAUACUCUCAUUGUAUGAAUUUGAAUCUAUUUUUGACAUUUUAAACUCGAUUCCAAAUAGAGAAAGCUGGAAAAUCUAUGUGAAACAGAGAAUAGAAACAUUCUGGAAACAGAAGAUAACGAAUAUGGCAGAAGGCAAAUCUACUCUUCGCUUCUUGCAUCCUAUGUCAAUGAAUUGUGGAACUGUUCAUAACGUUUGGGCCAACACAGGACUUGACUCUAUUUCUAUUAUGAAAGCUAAUGUAAAAGCUAGAUUACUUACAGGAGUGUAUACACUGCAAUCAAAUCGUAGUAGAUUUAACAAGUAUGAAUGAAGUAGGAGAUAUAAGGCUACUGGUGCAGUGUAAAAGGAAAUCCGAGUGAAGUACCAAUAAAAAUGUGCAUAUUGGUCAGUUUUGAAUGAACAAUACAAAGUUGAGUUGUGUGCUGAGGUACAAACUGUCACAGUAACAUUGAUAAUUUGGUGGUACACGAAGUGUUUUAGAUUUUAGUAUAUGCCACAGUGCAUGAACUUUUAAAGUAAUAUACAUUGAUUAGUGUAUAAUUGACAUAACAUGUGUGAUUUAUAUGGAGCACAGAUGUAUAUAGUAUGGUGAUGGAACAGUUUCCUGCACGUCUACAAAAAUGAUUUAACAUUAAGUUAUUUUAAAGUUUAUGUUUUGAAUUGAGCUCUGGCUGGGAUCGCAGCCUUAGCUCAUUUUGGAUAAGACCAACUGCCGUUGCGUUGUAAAUUGGUGGUGGGUACGCCAGGCUGUGUUGAUAUCCUUUAUACCAGUAUCUAGGACAAUAUAUUUUAGGCGAAAUAAUACUGGUUUGUGCACCGAUCAUAUAUUCACUGUACAAUAUUCCUGCACAUGCACACAGUUGCUUACAGUAUACAGUAAUCAGUUGCUUAUCCGUGCUACACUACAAAAGUAGUGGUACUCCAGACAGUGGAGGAAAGAAUUAUAAAGAAGAAGAAGA